CCCAUCCCUUUCCCUCUUUUUAAAAGCCGCUCAAGGUCUCGCAUUGAGUAUAGGCAUUCUUCAAUCUUACCAAAACGCCAACUAGCCCAUCAUGACCUCAGAGAUGGGCGAGGCUGGUGCCGUCACCACGACGUCGGAGCCAGGAGAUCUCGUCGUCGUUGGCAGUUCCCCAGCCGAGCGUGCACAGCAAGAGAUGGCCCCUGACGAUGAAAAUGCCGCCUCGGCUCCGCCCACGGGUGACACCGGCAAGGCCCGCGCCGCCGCCCGCCAGAAGCCCGUCGUCAAGCUGUACAAGCACGAGUGCGCCACAAAGUCAUGCCCGGAGCGGUGGUCCCUCCAGCGCAACGUCGACGACGAGAACCGCGAGCUGGCCAGGAGCGUCGCCGACGUGCCCAUCCUGCACCGGCAGACCAGGAAGAAGGGCGGCAAGUGGGUGACGCUCGAGUUCGCGGUGCAGAGCCUCGAGAUGCGGGCCGUGCUGGCGCAGGCCCUGGCGCGCUACCAGGACUUCCACCCGGAGCUCAAGGGCUGGACCUUCUCCAAGCCGUUCCAGCCGCUCGUCCACCGGUGGGAGAGGCUCAAGGAGCUGCAGGCCGAGGCCGCCCGCGAGGCCGACAGCGACGGCGACGGCGACGGCGAGGCCGGGGUGGGCGAGCGGCGCGCGCUCGUCGACGAGCUGGUGGCGUUCCUGACGCCGCUCCUGGGGCCCUCCAUCGCGGCGCGGGACCAGACCAUCAGGACGGGGCAGGUCAAGUUCGACGACGUCUGGCAGGUCUUCCCGCCGGGCGCGCUGGUGGUGACCAAGCUGUACGGCGUCGACGUCGUCUGCCGCGUCGACAAAUACGAGAAGCGCUCCGACGGCCGCACCGACGGCCGCGACGGCGGCGUGGCCUUCUGGUCCGUCGCCGCCGAGUACCUCGACUGGAACGGCGCCGAGUGCGGCUGGGCCACGACCCACUGCACCAUCAUCCACUACGACGGGCUCCGCACCAUCGACUCCUUUCCCAUCGUGCCCCUCGAUCUGCACCCGGAUGGGAUCGAGCUCAGGAGCCGCCUCGUCGCCAGAGGUCGGAAGUUUGAAGCCCUCAGGGGCUAUCACUACCGCGAAUACGAGGGAUUCAAGAUCUCGCUCGAGAACGAAUCGAGAUACGAACGAAAGCCUGCCUCUGGGAGGAUCGCCGUCGACGCGUUUGCGUAUUUCUGCAGCACCAGCCAGACAAAAACAGCGCUGGGGCCCCUGAAGCCAAAGCUCAUCAACAUCAACACCGCAACUGGGGCGAGGAGGAAGCUGAUCGAUGAUGACGACGACGACGACGACGACGACGACGACGAGAGCAGCAGUAGCAGCUCGUCCGGCUUCAGUAGUCUCGUGGAUGACAACCUGCCGCCCAGGGCGCAGCUAUCAAACGGCCUCCAUCAAGCCCGUCCUCCGCCGCUGCACCCCGGCAUGGUGCCGCCCAAGCACUGGGGGAUCCCGCCGCCGCCUGGCGUUAUGCGUAGCGGCGGUAUGCCGCCACGGCCACCCCCGGGAGCACGCCCUCCCCCUCCUCCCGGUGCUCCUCGCCCGCCUAUUGUUAUGAACGCUGGUCCCGGCCCGCCACCUCCGCAUCAGCCGCUGCUGGUUGAAGGCACGGACCACAGGGCCGCCCUCUCGCCGGCGCAAAAGGCCGGCAAGCGCAGCGAGGAUCUGGCGGAGCUCACCGACGAGGAGUGCAUGCUUGCGGCGCCUUGGGUCAGGGGCUUCGACAUGACAACCAAGGACUGGGCUUUGUUUAAUGUCGAAGACAUCCGAGAUGUGGCCUGGAACGAUGACGCGUUCGAGAAGCUGGUCCUCCCCAACAAUUCCAAGGAGCUCGCCUGGGCCUUUGUGGAGAACAAGUCGCUUGAAAGGAGCUCGUUCGACGACUUUGUUGAAAGCAAGGGACGGGGUCUUAUCAUCCUCAUGUUUGGCCCUCCUGGCGUCGGAAAGACGUACACGGCUGAAGCCGUCGCCGAGCGUUGCCGGGUGCCCCUGUACUCUAUGGGCGCCGCCGUGCUCGGCACCAACCCCCGCCACGUCGAGUACCAGCUCGACAGGGCCCUGCAUCUCUGCCGCCUGUGGAAGGCCAUGUUCCUGCUGGAUGAGGCCGACAUCUUCCUGGGCGCGAGGAACAUGAAUGACCUGAUGAGGAACGAGCUUGUGGCUGUAUUCCUCACCAAGCUCGAGUACUACGAGGGCACCCUCUUCCUCACCACGAACCGCAUCUCGGCGCUGGACCACGCCUUUCAGUCGCGCGUCGACCUGCUCCUGCCGUACCACGACCUCGCCCCGGCCGCGCGCAGGCGCGUGUGGGAGAACUUUGUCGCCCACGCCGGCGGGGCCGCCCGGUUCGACGUGACCGAGGAGGACCUGGGCCGGCUGAGCGGGAUCCCGCUCAACGGGCGCGAGAUCAAGAACCUGACCAAGAGCGCCUGCCUGCUGGCCGCCAAGUGCGGCGGGAGGAUCCCGGCCGAGACGCUGCUGGAGCUGGCCGAGAGCCGGGUCCGGGCGCUGGAGGAGCUCGUGACGGUCGAGGGGUCUUGAUGCUUUGGCGGCAUUGGCACGUUAUUUCCAGGUACCUCGGGUUAUGUUUAGGCGGUGGGGGGCGUGGCGGUGCGCAUUGUAGUGAAACUAUUAUUCCGUGGCUUGAACGUGCCUCGGCGCGGCCCAGCCAAAUUCGACGGCCAGAAUAUCACUUCCCCGAAUUUUGUUGUAAAUGAUAUGCCUUUUGUGGAAGAGGAAAGUUGAUGGAAGUGACGCCAGG